UGCUGAGCACCAAUAGCAGUCAGAGCCGUACAAAGAGAUCUUCUCCCUCCCCCCAUACUUAGCAACACAACCACAAUGCUCAGUGUAGAGAGGAGAGAAGGUACAUCAGUCAUGUACUGCCAGGAUUUCAUUUAUUUGGAGUUAUAUUUUUGACUAUGAACGGAUAUUGUUUUCACUCACCAUGUCACAUGAUGGAAAUAUGGAUUUUGUCUUCAUGGUCUGUCUUCUUUUGGAUUGGAAUUGAUGCAUUUUAGAGGAUCAAGGAUGACAAAGACAAUAGGAUACAGAGACUGGAGAUGGCAGGCUCUUUUGUGGCAUCACGUCUUUCUCUUGUGGACUACAGUGGAUGCACAGACUCGUUACAGCAUCCCAGAGGAGCUCAAACAAGGUUCUGUGGUGGGAAAUCUGGCCAAAGAUCUGUCUUUGGGACUGUCUGAGAUAUUUGAGCGCAAGCUGCGUGUCGCCUCUGAGGCUGGUAAGCAGUAUUUCAGCGUGGAUGCGGGGAAGGGCGAGCUGCUGGUCAAUGACAGAAUAGACAGAGAGGCUUUAUGCGGACAAAGCGCCAGCUGUGUGCUCCCUCUGCAGGUCGUGGUGGAAAAUCCUUUGAGAUCACAUCGAAUUGAGGUAGAAAUUAAAGACAUUAACGACAAUUCACCACAAUUUCAUACAAAAGAACUAUCCAUAAAUAUUGCUGAAUUGGCAGUAGUCGGAACCCGUUUCCUUUUGGAAAGUGCGGAUGAUUACGAUGUUGGAAGUAAUUCGGUAAAGACUUACACGUUGACUAAAAAUGACUGCUUCACGUUGAAGAUGAAGGAGGUUGAGGAUGGUAAAUUAGUGCCCGAGUUAGUGUUAGAAAAGCCUCUGGACAGAGAGAAGAAAGCAUCUUAUCAGCUCCUCUUGACUGCUUUAGACGGAGGGAAUCCAGUCAUGUCUGGCACUGCACAAAUUAAUGUUAUAGUGCUUGAUAACAACGAUAAUUUCCCAGUUUUUGACAAAAAUGUAUACAAAACCUCCUUGCAAGAGAAUGUGGCAAAAAACACAUUCGCACUUAAAAUUACAGCGAAUGAUGCAGACGAAGGACCAAAUGGAGAGGUAGAAUAUUUUUUUGGUACACGCACACCUGAUUCUGUCUUAUCUGUAUUUGAGUUAAACUCAGAAACAGGUGAAAUAUUUUUAAAAGGAGAAUUAGAUUACGAAAAAUCUACGUCUUACAAAAUUGAAGUGAUUGCCAAGGACAAAGGACUUCCUGUGAUGGAAAGUCACUGUCGGGUGCAGAUUGAUGUUAUUGAUGUUAAUGAUAAUGCUCCUGAAAUUAUCCUCACCUCAGAACCGCAGCCGGUCAGGGAGGAUGCACCAAGAGGAUCAGUUGUGGCUCUGCUAACAUCACGUGAUGCAGACUCUGCUAAUAAUAGCAAAGUAACUUUGCAGCUACAAAAAGGCUUACCUUUUACACUUAAACCGUCUUUUUCUAAUAGUUAUGAACUAGUAACCAGUGGUGCUUUAGACAGAGAGAGAGUGUCUGAGUACAAGAUUGAGAUAAAAGCCACUGAUUCAGGAUCUCCUCCUCUCUCCAGUAAGAAAAUGAUAUCUGUCAGCAUCACUGAUGUCAAUGACAACCCUCCUGUAUUCUCUCAGAGCUCUUAUAAUGUUUAUCUAAAAGAGAACGGAGUAGCAGGUUCUAUACUGUACUCGGUGUCUGCAUGUGACCUGGAUGCUGGCCAAAACGCCAAAGUGUCUUACUCUAUCGUGGACUCUAAAGUGCACGACGUGUCCGUGUCGUCUUACGUUUACAUGAACUCAGAGAACGGCAGCAUCUACAGCAUGCACUCCUUUGACUACGAGAAAGUCAAAGUGUUCCACAUUCAGGUUCAGGCAAAGGACCAGGGCUCUCCGUCUCUCAGCACCAACGCCACCGUCCAUGUUUUCAUCCUGGACCAGAACGACAACGCCCCCGCUGUCAUUUACCCUUCCCCCCACGCCGCCUCCCACCUGCGGGUGCCCCGCACGGCCAAGGCGGGCCACCUGGUCACCAAGGUGACGGCCGUGGACGCGGACUCGGGCCACAACGCCUGGAUCUCGUACAAAGUGUCUGAGGCCACAGACGCCUCUUUGUUCACGGUCAGUGUGUACACAGGGGAGGUGAGGACUAAACGCGCUGUGUCCGAGCACGACGACUCCUCUCAGAGGCUGCUUGUAGAGGUCCAGGACGACGGGGAAGCGGUCCAGUCGGCCACCGUCACGCUGUCCAUCCUGCUGGAGGACGGUGUGAGCGAGCCCAUGUUGGAGCUGAGACACAAGGUGUCGGAGCCCAGUAAGACAAGCGGCACAAUCACGCUUUAUUUGAUCGUGUCUCUGGCCUCGGUGUCCGUGCUGUCUCUGGUGACUUUGCUGGUCUUAGCGGUGAAAUGCUUGAGGAGCAGCGGAAGCGACGCUAGUUGCUGCAUGAGACGGACACACUGUGAUGAGGACAAGAAGCCCAACAGAAACCUGCACAUUCAGCUCAACAGUGAUGGACCUAUCAAGUACGUGGAGGUUCUGGGAGGAGACGUCAUGUCUCAGAGUCACUCCUUCAGGUCGUGCAUGUCUCCAAUGUCAGAGUACAGUGAUUUCACUUUGGUGAAGCCCAGCAGCACCACUGACUUUAAGGAGGUCAUCAGCGUCCUGGACGCCUCUUUACCUGACAGCACCUGGACCUUUGAGAGCCAGCAGGUGAGUGAGAAUACAACAAGAAUUGGUUAAAAUUCGACUACAGUUUCUAAACCCAGAAAAGAGAUAACCAAACUCUUUCUCCAAGCAUUAAGAAAAAUAAAUCCUAGCUUACCUUUAGUUGUAGCUUUCAAAAUAUAAUUUUGUUACCUAUUAGUAGGCAUUUUUAUUUUAGUACAGUCCAUGUUCAUUCAUAAAUGUAACACUCUGUGUACAUACAGUCAACACACUUCAUGUUGUGUAAGGUUGUGGUUGAUUUCAGGUCCAUUCUCA